AUGGAAUUCAAGGCUCAAGUCUUACAUGCUGCCGUUUGGAAUGGCUUUACUGUGGCAGUUGAGAUAUUGCUGACAGCCGGGACUUAUAUAAACUCAAGGUGCGAGAAAGAUCGCACAUUUCUGUCAUUGGCAGCCGAACAAGGGCAUGAAUCUGUGGUAGAGCUACUACUCUCUCGUAAUGGCAUUGAGGCCGAUUCGAAAGAUCUGGAUGGACGGACGCCACUGUCAUGGGCUGCAGAAAAAGGCCACAAGGCUGUUGCCAAAAUGUUGCUCGCCCGCAACGACGUCGUGCCUGAUUCCAAAGACCUGGAUGAGCGGACGCCGCUAUCAUGGGCUGCUGAACAAGGACAUGAAUCCAUGGUAGAAAUGUUGCUUGAUUGCAACAACGUCGAGGUUGAUUCGAAAGACGAUUAUGGGCAAACACCGCUAUCGCGGGCUGCUGAACAAGGACAUCUAGCUGUGAUAAAGCUGUUGCUUGACCGCAGAGAUGUCGAAAUUAAUUCAAGAGAUAUAAAAGGGUGGACACCACUAUCUUGGGCAGCCGAUCAAGGGCACUACGAUGUGGUGAAGUUACUUCUUGAUUGUAAGAAGAUUGAAGUCGACUCCAGAGAUACAGAUAGACGAACACCGCUGUCCCGAGCGGCUGAACAAGGGCGAAAGGCGGUGGUAGAGUUACUGCUUUCCCGUGAUGAGAUUGAUGUUAAUUCGAGAGACGAGGAUGGAUGGACACCAUUAUUCUGGGCAGCCAGAAACGGGCAUAAGGCGGUGAUAUAUCUUCUGCUUGCACAUGCAAACAUUAAUACUGACAUAAUAGAUGGCUCUGGACGGACGCCGUUAUCGUUGGCAGCCAGGAGUGGACAUAAGGAGGUAGAACGUCUGUUGAGCUCAUAUCCUAUCAUUUGA